AUGAAAGUGACCUUGUUAGCUGCCAUCCUUGUUCUAGCCAGCUCAGUGUGCACUUCCUUUGCAGUGGACUUCUUCUUUCCUAUGGGCUUUCACAUGACCGAGGAACUUCUACAGAAGACAGAGGGCACAUUGCAGAAGUUUGUGGAUGACCUGUUCCAGGUGAUUCUGAGCACCAGCCGCCCUGUGCCUCUGGCUGUGAAGUACUUCUUUGACCUGCUGGAUGAACAGGCUCAGCAGCAUGGCAUCUCUGAUCAGGAUACCAUCCACAUCUGGAAGACCAACAGCCUGCCGCUGAGGUUCUGGAUCAACAUCAUCAAGAACCCACAGUUUGUGUUCGAUGUGCAGACUUCAGAUAACAUGGACGCCGUGCUCCUUGUCAUUGCACAGACCUUCAUGGAUGCCUGCACCCUGGCUGACCACAAGCUGGGCCGGGAUUCCCCCAUCAACAAACUUCUGUACGCUCGAGAUAUUCCCCGUUACAAACAGAUGGUGGAAAGGUACUAUGCAGACAUCAGACAGACUGUGGCAGCCAGUGACCAAGAGAUGAACUCAGUUUUGGCAGAGCUGUUCCGGGCGCUUGUGUACGUGCAGCCAUGGGGUCUGCAGAGUGGAUGA